AUGGCUCAAAACGGCGUGAAAGAAUACGACGCGAUAAUUGUGGGGGGCGGAUUCGGCGGGUGCUACCUCCUUCGCAACCUGCGCAAACUCGGCUAUAACGUCAAGUUAUUCGAAGAGGGAGAAGGCCUCGGCGGCGUGUGGUGGCACAACUCGUACCCCGGUGCCCGCGUCGACACCAGCGCACCGUUUUACGAGUUCUCGGACCCAGAGCUCUGGUCUGACUGGAACUGGGAGGAAGCCUUCCCGGGCCAGAAGGAACUCACCGAGUAUUUCAAGUACGUCGACAAGAAGUGGGAUCUGAGCAAGGACAUCCUGUUCGGCACGCGGGUGACGGGCGCCGAGUGGAACGAGAAGGAGCGGAAAUGGCUCGUGCACACCAACAACGACACUCAAGCCGUGACGAGGUUCCUGCUUCUCGCGACGGGGUUUGCUGCCAAGAUCUACGUUCCUCCCCUAAAAGGAUUGGAAACGUUCCAGGGCAUCGCUUGUCACACCGCUCGAUGGCCAAAGGGUGGGAUUGACUUUAGGGGCAAGCGUGUUGGUGUCAUUGGAACCGGCGCCAGCGGUGUCCAAGUGAUCCAGGAGAUUGGUAGGGUCACCAAGGAGCUCACCGUCUUCCAACGGACGCCAAACUACUCCAUGCCCAUGGGCCAGCAGAAGCUCAACGUGGAGCUGCAAAUGGCCAAGAAGAAGGGGUACGGGGAUUUGUUCAAACUCAUGAAGCAAACCUAUGCUGGAUGGGACUAUAACCCGGACCCACGGAAGGGAUUGGAAGACGACGAGGCUGAGAGGCUGAGGUUUUGGGAGUCUCUCUGGAAGAAAGGAGGGUUCAACCCCUGGCUCGGCAAUUACAGCGACCUCAUGGGCAACGAGGAGGUCAACACAUUGAUGUACAACUUCUGGCGUGACAAGGUCCGAGCGAGAAUAACCAAGGACGACCCCGAGCUGAAAGAAAACCUGGCCCCCGAGAAGCCACCCCAUCCCUUCGGCACCAAGCGUCCAUCUCUGGAGCAAGACUACUACGAGGUGUACAAUCUGCCACAUGUCAACCUGGUGCCCCUGAAGAAGAACCCGAUUGAGGAGAUCACGCCGACUGGACUGCGCACGGCCGACGGGAAAGAAUACGACUUGGACAUCCUCGUCCUCGCGACCGGGUUUGACGCUGUGACGGGCAGCUUCACGCGGAUAGACAUCAAGGGCACCGACGGCCUCUCACUCAAGGACGACUGGGCAAACGGCUCCCGGACAUUUUUGGGCAUGGCGACGUCCGGCUUCCCCAACAUGCUGUUCAUGUACGGCCCGCAGAGUCCGACCGCGUUCGCCAUCGGGCCCACCAUCUCCGAGAUCCAGGGCGACUGGAUCAUCAAGACCCUCGAGGCCAUGAAGCAGAACAAGCAGACGCGGAUCGACGCGACCCGCGACGCCGAGGACAAAUGGGGCAAGACCACCAACGAUGACGCCAACUUGACUCUGAUCCCCAAGAACGAAACGAGCUGGUACAUGGGCGGCAACAUCCCGGGAAAGCCACGCGAGUCUCUGAAUUAUGUUGCCGGGUUGCCCAGCUACCGCAAGGCCAUCGAUGAAUGUAUCGAGAAUGGAUUUGAAGGGUUCGUGUUUAGCUAG